AAUUAUUUGAUUAAUAAAUAAAUAAAUUUUUUUUUUCUCUAAAAGGAAAAGAAUAACAAAAGCUUAGAUAAAUAAAUAUUAAGUAGGAUUUUCAAGAUGAGUGCUAAAUAUCAAACCCCUUAAAAAAAUGGCCAUCAUUAAAGCUCUUACAGCUUUGAUUCACCAAACUAACACAUCUCUGGUAAGUGUGUUUGUGAAAUUUGUACUUGUAAUAAGCAUAGAUGUCCUCCAAAACCUAUGAGCUACGCUCCUGAUAUCAUUAAAUCCACAUUUAAGAAUGACUAUCCUGCAUAUGAUAUUAACAAAGAACCAGUUAAGAAAUCAGGCCAUAAGUAUGCUCCUACAAACUACUCUCCAGAUCUCAUCAAAAGUAAUUACUAAAAUGACUACACCCCUCACAAGGUUUCUCCUCCUUAAAAGCGUGAGUAGAAUCCAUAUAUUAAUUCUAAUACUCCUUUCAAUGGAGAUACUGAAUAUAAAGUUAGCUACAUUAAAAAUGACGUCCCUCCUGCUUAGCCUUAUAAGCACAACGUUAACAAAAACUAAUAUAAUGUUCCCUUUAACGCUAACUCUACUUACCAAGAAUGCUAUAAGGGUCAUGAAGGUCACAGACCUGAUCACAAUAUACCUAAAUAUCUUUCCUAGACAGGUAAUAAUACUCAUGUUCCAUUCAAUGGAACUUCAACCUACAAAUAGGAAUAUAUCUAGCACGACAUUCCAAGAACCGAAAACUCUGGUAAAAAAUCUAACACUUACCACAACUCUACUCCAUUCGACGGAAAAACUUCUUACUAAUAAGAUUAUAUUAAGCACAAAUAGCAUGCAUAUGAAAAAGAAAGAUGUAAAAUCUACGAAUUACCUCCCAGACCUCGUAACUGUUCUCCUGGUAAAAAUCAUAUCCAUUAUCAAGCAGAAACAAAUCACUGGGAUUGA